AUGCCAGAUCCACAUCCCCAAUUCAGUCCUGCAUGUCCGUGUCCGAUACCCUACAUUCUGCAGCCAGAAGAGCGCGUCGAGCAACUCAAAGCUUGUCUGCAGACUGAUUUCGGCAAAGCCCAGCGUGUGAAUGCCGAAGCCCUCAUUCGCCUGUAUGAAAGUGGCGAGCUCGGACCACGCCAACGAUCCGAUCCCCCAGUCUACCUUAUCGAUGGACAACGAGUCGACAAGGACUCGUGGGAAGAUGCAGCUAAGACAGGAAUCAGAUGGUGCGAGACAUUAGAUUAUCAGCAAAUGAUGUCGCAACAUGAGUUCCAGGCAAAUAUCAUAUAA